AUGGCGGGAUAUGAACAAUCGCCCCAAGAUGAGGGUUAUAGCGAAGACCCGCUGACGAUGGAGGUCGCUUUGAAUUCCACACCAUCAUGGCCCCCUGGAAUGACGACCAAAGACCGCACAGAAUAUGUUAUGCGACUCAUCAAUCAACUUCCGACGUCCGCAGUUUGCGAGAUCGUCGAACGACUAAGCCCCCGACUAUAUAUAAACUUCUUCCAGUACCUUCCUCCAGAAGUCUGUCUCAAGAUUCUCGGUUUCCUAGAUCCGAUAUCCUUGAUACAUACAGCUAGAGCCUCUCGCGAAUGGAUGCUGCUCGCAUUAGACAGAAAGUUAUGGGAACAGCUGUACUUGUUGGAAGGCUUCCGAGUAAUCCGAUCAGAGGUAGUGAACUUUGAGGCUGCGAUCAACGCCGAUGAUAGAGCAAGACCCAUGAUCGCAGAUGAUGAACACGCGCGCAAGAGGCGGGCAACACCACAGAGAAUAUUACCAACGUUGAGUGCUGACGAUGAUUAUGAGAUGGUGGAUGCUGAUCCGCAUAUGCCCACAACAUCAUCGAUUUUUGGGCCGCUUACAUCUGAGCCAAAAGAUUCUCGGCCGCUGAUAGGAAGAUCUCAUUCUGAUACUCAAGUCGGAGGAACGUCCUCGGACUCUCUCGUUCAAGCUGCCAACAGCCGAUCAGCGGACAACAGUCUACCUAGUCGUACGCAGCGGUUAUCCAUCAGUUCGGGUUCUGGGAAGAACUCCUAUUCUCGCUAUUCUGGUCCCGUGUCGAAUAUGUCUUCGCUGGUCGUCAUGGAUAGAGGCGAUGGGAAGAAGAAGCUUAACUGGCAAUACUUGUAUUCCCAGAGGAGAAGAUUGGAAGCAAACUGGGAGGCGGAGAAGUAUACGAACUUUCAACUACCUCAUCCCGACUUCCCCCAGGAGGCACACGAAGAGUGCAUAUACACCAUACAGCAUUGUGGAAAAUAUCUCGUGAGUGGAAGUAGGGAUAGGACUCUUCGCAUAUGGAAUCUGAAUACCCAACGAUUGGUCAGGGCUCCAUUAAGAGCACAUAAUGGAUCCGUCCUUUGUCUACAAUUCGACGCAGAUCCUGACGAGGAUUUGAUAGUCUCUGGAAGCAGUGACGCGACAGUUGUGCUAUGGAGAUUUUCAACGGGUACGGUUCUACAACGUUUAAAAAAGGCCCAUCGUGAAUCAGUACUCAACGUCAGAUUUGACAAGCGUGUUUUGAUCACCUGCUCCAAGGACAAGACUAUCAAGAUUUUCAAUCGCAGGGCGAUCUAUCACGGGGAUCCGGACAUUCGCUCCACUGAUGCUGUUCAUCCUGUCCCUACAUUUCUUAACAACUAUGGAUUCAACCCUUCACCUGCCGAUGGCAAAAUUUGGAAAGCACCCUAUACCAUGAUUGGGUGCCUGGAAGGACAUCAAGCAGCCGUAAAUGCUGUUCAAAUUCAUGGUGAUGAGGUGGUUUCCGCUUCUGGAGAUCGAACUGUCAAGGUUUGGAAUUGGCGGGAACAAACAUGCACCCGUACCCUGGUUGGUCAUACUAAAGGAAUUGCUUGUGUUCAGUAUGAUGGUCGCCGGAUCGUCAGUGGUAGUAGUGACAAUGAGGUGAAGGUAUUCGACAAGGAGACGUCACUCGAGGUUGCAAGUCUUAGAGCUCAUACCAACCUUGUCCGUACAGUUCAAGCAGGAUUCGGUGAUUUACCGUACAGUUCUGAAGAGGACCAGGAGACUGCCAAGAAGAUUGACGCUGAGUAUUUCAAAGCUGUAGACUCUGGAGCUAUAACCCAGGAGAUGUACCACCAAAGAGGCCGUCCGAAAAAUGCAGGGUCGAGGAAACCAGAGGAUAUAACUGCUUACGGGGCUACGCUACCACCAGGUGGAGGUGGAGGGCGAUUUGGUAGAAUUGUUUCUGGAUCGUAUGAUGAAACCAUCAUCAUUUGGAGACGGGACAAGGAAGGAGUUUGGCGAGCACAGCAUACCCUUCGGCAAGAAGACGCAGCUACAGUAGCCGCAAGAGCAGCUCACAUCAGAGCGAGGGCUUAUGCAAACGCUCUGCCACCUCCAAAUACUCCGACUCCUCAACCGGCAGUUCCACCUGCGGCAGCUAUCACGACUACCACUGUUGAUACUGCAGUGACAGCAAUCCCUCCACCCGCUUUUGGACUACAGCCAGCUUCGUUCUAUAUACAACUGAUCAACAUGGUUGUCCCUCAAGGACCACCUCAUUUACGUAAUGCGCUUCAAAUGCAUCCUCAAAUGCUCACAUAUCCGCAUUUGGGGAUCGCAAUUCAAGCUCUUCCGCCAGCAGCCCAACCAGCCAUGUCAACUAUUGUAUCUCAAGCAAUCCACUCACAACAGGGCGGCCCUCCACUAGCAGGAACUCCACAGCCUAUUAUACCGCUUCCGCAACAAGCACAGAUUCUUCCACCGCCGACACCAUUUGUUUCCCAGCCUCCACCACAGACACCAAUCCAAGCUCAAACUCAACCCCAACCACAGACUCCAGUACAAUCUCAAACCCAGCCACAGCCACAAACUCCUACCUCCUCGCCUAUCGUCGCAUCAAACUUAGCUACGGCUCCAAACACAAACUCACCUACCGCUCAAAAUCCAAGUCCAACAACAACGACAGCCCCGGCUGCAAACCCGGGCUCGGGCCCAGGUCCAGGUCCCUCUCCAGCACACCCAGCUAUCACAGCAAAUAUGGCACGCGUGUUCAAACUCCAAUUCGACGCAAGGAGAAUCAUCUGUUGCUCCCAAACUAGCGUUAUCGUAGGGUGGGAUUUUGCGAAUGGCGACGAGCAGAUUAUAGAGGCUAGUCGAUUCUUUGCUCCUAUCGAGUAA